GUUUUAGUCACUUCCGUGUUGGCUUCCCGAGAGAGAGCGGGAGGUUGCCGCUUGGUCACGACACAUUAAAGAGCCACAAAACGAAUACACCUGAUUACUCGGUUUACUCAAGAGGAGUCGAGCCGAGUGUGAAGAGGAAGAAGUGUUUGUUGGAGUCUCUGCCACAGCAUCUUCUAAAGCCUCCAUCAAACUGAUCAUCUGAAGACAGAGAACCAGCCAUCAGGAUCUGAAACAGCCCUUAUAUUCAUUUAAACACAGACCUGAAGUCCCUCUCAGUGGACAGGAAUGCCGAGUACUGGAUCUAAUUCAUUAUUUAAUGUGAAGUUGUGAAAAAAAAUUGCUUCAUGAAAUCUGCGGGUGAAACGUUUUUAUUUACUUUCAAAUUGACUGAAUAAUCCUCGCUUGCACUUUAUUUGGACAUGUUGUUGUUAAGGACCAUUAUAUCCACUGUUGCUAUCACCAUUGCUGCUAAUUUGGGACUAUGUUUCUGUGGAUGUGCCCGUGCUGAAUAUGAGAUUGAAGGAGAAUGUUGCCCCAUGUGUGCCCCCGGAAACUGUGUUUAUUGGCAUUGUACUGUAGAUACCAGUACAACAUGUGUUCCUUGUCCUGCAUCAACAUACACAGAUGAACCCAACGGACUUAUAUCAUGUUUUCCCUGCACUGUGUGUGAUCCAGCCCAACACUUAAAAGUGCACAAGGCCUGCACGCGCUCUGCAGAUACUACUUGUGAGCCACAGGAAGGAUUCCAUUGCAUUAAACUAAAUAAAGGCUCUUGUGCAUUAGCAGUGGAGCACUCCGCAUGUAACCCUGGACAAUAUAUUAAACAGAAUGGAACAGCAUUUAGUGAUACCGUAUGUGCUGACUGCACUGAUGGAACUUAUUCAGAUGGCUCUCUAAUGGCCUGCCUGCCACAUUCAAAAUGUGAGACUAUGGGAUUUACAGAAGUAAAAGCAGGAACAACAUCCUCUGAUGCUGAAUGUGAGAAAGUGACUUCAGUUGGUCUCAUAGCUGGAGUCACAGCUGCAGUUCUUAUAGCUGUAAUUGUGGCAUUAUUAUCAUGCUUUAUAUACAGAAAACGUAAAGCAUGGGGCUCUAACCGAGGCGUGAGUUGAACAUUCGAGGCGCAUUUAAACUGGAGUGGAGGGAGUUUCCAUGGAAACGGGGCGGCAACUCAGCUGACAAGUAGCAAAAAAACUCCGUCUCUCACUGUUGUUUUUACUGCUUUCAGGUAAGUUUAGUCCCUAAAAUUACACAAAUAAUACAUACAACUGUUCCUGACACUUUCUUACAUGUAAUUGACACGCUUCUGUUGAAUAUUUACUUUACAGAAAUGGUUCAGUGUCAUCAGAAAAAGUCCGUUAGCAUCACAACCGUGAGCUAACUGUAGAGGCUAACUA